AAAUGGUGGAUGGGUGGCUCAUAAUGUCCCUUGAGUUUGUUUAACUGCGAGUCAGGGGCAACACGAGUGGUUUCCCCAGUCUAAGCCAUUUAAGUUUCUGCUCUUCCAUGGCUUCCCUACUCACUCCCCCUCCUUCUCUUCUUUGCCAACCCAAGGUAAACCCUACUAGUUUGAAGAACACAUCUACGAACCCAUCAUCCAAACUUUUCAAUUCGACUAGUUUGAGAAGUAUCAAGGGUCACGGGCUCUGUUUCGUGACAAAAGCUAAGGUGGCUGUUGAAGGAGAUGUUGUUGAGAAACAAUCAGUUCAAGUCAGCGAUAGCAAUGAUUAUGGAGUCGUCAGUGUUCACCAUGUUGGACUGUUGUGUGAGAACUUGGAAAGGUCACUAGACUUUUAUCAGAAUAUUCUUGGCCUUGAAAUAAACGAAGCAAGGCCACAUGACAAGCUUCCUUACAGGGGUGCUUGGUUGUGGAUUGGUUCUGAGAUGAUUCAUCUGAUGGAACUUCCAAAUCCUGACCCGUUGACUGGAAGACCUGAGCAUGGAGGCCGUGACCGCCAUACUUGUAUUGCUAUUCGAGAUGUGUCUAAGCUGAAAGCAAUCUUUGACAAAGCCGGUAUUCCUUACACACUUAGCAAGUCAGGGAGGCCGGCAAUUUUUGCUCGUGAUCCAGAUGCUAAUGCUUUGGAAUUUACACAAGUGGAUAUUUAAUUAUAACACUAUUAUACCACCAAAAUUGUAAGUUAUUGGCUGCGGAGUUGCAUUAACUUUUUAGGCAGCAAAAGGGUUUGUACAGAUAAUUAGAUAAAUAAAUAAAACUGUUAUUUUCUUCACAUGAAAAAAUAAAUAUGAAACUGAUGAAAUGGUCCUCUUGAGAGAAUGAAAAUGAACAUUUACUAAAGUGUUGAAGCAUCGUGUAUUAGUUUUUAAAGAGUUAUUAAUGGAAAAUGAUUUACUGACUA